AUGAAGUUCACUUCUGCUUUGGCGACGCUAUUCGCCAGCGUCGCAGUCGCAACGCCUACUCCCACCGUCGACAAUGUCGCCGACAAGCCCCACCUUGUCAAGCGAGCAUCAAUCUCCGACAAGGCGACUCUAGGCUAUGCCACUCUUAAUGGAGGGACUUCCGGUGGUGCUGGAGGAACGGUCACCACUGUAUCAUCUCUCGCCGAGUUCACCGCCGCUGUGAACGAGAAAGACACGGCUGCCAAGAUUGUCGUUGUCAAGGGCGUCAUCAAGGGUACCGCCAACGUCCGCAUCGGUAGCAACAAGUCUGUCAUUGGCCUCCCUGGAGCUGGUUUUGAUGGCAUCGGGCUGCACGCUCGUCGUCAGAGCAACAUCAUUGUACGCAACAUCAAGUCAACCAACGUCCUUGCCUCGACUGGCGACGGUCUCAAGAUUGAGCAAAGCACAAACGUCUGGGUUGAUCACUGCGAGUUCUCCAGUGCUCUGGUCUCUGACAAGGACUACUAUGACGGCCUCGUGGAUGCUUCUCACGCCGCUGAUUACAUGACCAUUUCCUACACCUACUUCCACGACCACUGGAAGACUUCUCUGGUUGGCCACAGCGAGAACAACGGAGACGAGGACAAGGGUCAUCUCCGCAUCACCUACGCCCACAACUACUGGGCCAACUUCGGCUCCCGUGGCCCGUCUCUGCGCUUCGGCACUGGUCACAUCUACAACUCCUACUAUCUCAAGUAUGCCUCCACUCCUCCUCAGUGCAUCUUAGAAUCAGUACUGACAGCAAGCAGCGGAAACUCUGGCAUCAACACCCGUCAAGGCGCGCAGGUCCUCAUUCAGAGCAACGUUUUCAAGAACGUCUCGGUUCCCAUCACCACUCAAGACUCUGAUAUUGUCGGCUACGCUGUGGCCAUUGACAACGAUCUCGGCGGUGCUGCCAACACUGCUCCCGUCGGUACGAUGAACGCCAACUCGCCCGGAUACUCUUACAGCCUUCUCGGCUCUGCCAAUGUCGUUGCCACUGUGCCGGGACAGGCCGGCCAGAAGUUGACUUUCUAA